CAAUGCUUUAUAACAACAUUUGGCGCAAUUAUUUCCCGUAUUUGCAAGUGCACGUUUAUCACAGUUUGAUUAAUAAUGGUCGUUACUAAACUAUUUGUUUUAAAAAGAGAUGGACGAAAAGAAGAAGUACAUUUUGAUAAAAUAACGUCAAGAAUAACGAAAUUAUGUUAUGGACUUAAUAUGGAAUAUAUAGACCCGGUGUCAAUAACACUAAAAGUUAUAAACGGCCUUUAUUCUGGUGUUACUACGCAAGAGUUGGAUAAUUUAGCUGCAGAAAUUGCUGCAAGUUUAACGACAAAUCAUGCUGACUAUGCAGUAUUAGCAGCGCGAAUAGCUGUAUCCAAUUUGCACAAAGAAACCAAGAAAUCAUUUUCCGAUGUGAUAACUGAUCUGCACAAUUAUAUUAAUAAGGAAACUGGAGAAAAGCUACCAAUCAUAUCUGAUUUUUAUUAUGAAAUUAUUAAAUCAAAUGCGGAUCGUUUAAAUUCGGCUAUUAUUUAUGACCGUGACUUCGGUUAUAAUUACUUUGGAUUUAAAACGUUAGAACGAUCGUAUCUUCUCAAGAUAAAUGGGAAAGUUGUGGAAAGACCCCAGCACCUGUUGAUGAGAUGCUCAAUUGGUAUACAUGGGAAUGAUAUAGAAGGAGCAAUUGAAACUUAUAAUCUUCUCUCUGAACGGUACUUUACGCAUGCCUCGCCAACUCUGUUCUCCGCUGCCACUAGAAGGCCACAACUUUCAUCGUGUUUCCUGCUUACUAUGGUUGCUGACUCAAUUGAAGGAAUUUUCAAGUCAGUUGAACAAUGUGCUAUGAUAUCAAAAUCAGCCGGUGGCAUUGGAUUAAAUGUUCAUUGCAUUAGAGCUAAAGGCACGUUUAUAUCAGGAACAAAUGGUGUUUCAAAUGGAUUAGUGCCAAUGUUAAGGGUAUUUAAUAAUGUGGCAAGAUAUGUUGACCAAGGUGGUGGUAAAAGACCUGGAGCUUUUGCAAUUUAUCUUGAACCUUGGCAUUCUGAUAUAUUUGAAUUUAUAGAUCUUAAGAAGAAUACCGGUAAGGAAGAAAACCGCGCUCGAGAUUUAUUUUAUGCACUUUGGAUUCCUGAUUUAUUUAUGAAACGUGUUGAAGCUAAUGAAAAUUGGUCACUUAUGUGCCCAAACAAAUGUCCUGGCUUGCAUGAGGUUUGGGGUGAAGAAUUUGAAGAUUUAUAUACAAAAUAUGAAAAGGAAGGUAGAGCAAAUAGAGUAGUUAAAGCACAAGCUCUUUGGUUUGCUAUAAUUGAAGCACAAGUUGAAACUGGAACUCCUUAUAUGCUAUAUAAGGAUUCAUGCAAUCGCAAAAGUAAUCAACAAAAUUUAGGAACAAUCAAGUGCAGUAAUUUAUGCACAGAAAUCGUUGAGUACUCUGCGCCAGAUGAAAUUGCAGUUUGCAACUUGGCUUCUAUAGCACUAAAUAUGUUUGUGACUAGUGAUAAAACUUAUGACUUUCAGAAGCUUAAAUAUAUAAGCAAAGUCGUAACUAGAAAUUUAAAUAAAAUAAUUGACGUAAACUAUUACCCGUUGCCCGAAGCAAAAAAGUCAAACUUAAGGCAUAGACCUAUCGGUAUUGGUGUGCAGGGAUUUGCAGAUGCUCUAAUUGUACUGCGUUAUCCUUAUGAAAGUGAAGAAGCAUUUUUAUUGAAUCAACAAAUAUUUGAAACAAUUUAUUAUGGUGCUUUGGAAGCUAGUUGUGAAUUGGCUAAAGAAUUUGGGCCUUACGAAACUUACGAAGGAAGCCCUGUGAGUAAAGGUAUUCUUCAAUAUGAUAUGUGGAACAAAACUCCUACUGACCUCUGGGAUUGGGCAGAAUUAAAAGGAAAAAUUGCACAAUAUGGUGUUAGAAAUUCUCUUCUUAUUGCUCCAAUGCCUACAGCAUCAACAGCUCAAAUAUUAGGAAAUAAUGAAUCUUUUGAACCAUAUACAUCCAAUAUAUAUACAAGAAGGGUGUUAUCUGGGGAAUUUCAAGUUGUUAAUCAUCAUUUGUUAAGAGAUCUUACUGAACUAGAACUGUGGAGCGAUGAGAUGAAAAAUUUAAUCAUUUUGAAUAGGGGUUCAAUUCAAAAUAUUGAAGGAAUACCAAAGUAUUUACGUGAUUUAUAUAAAAAUGUGUGGGAAAUCUCUGUUAAGUCUACUAUUAGAAUGGCUGCUGAUAGAGGAGCUUUUAUUGAUCAGAGUCAAUCAUUUAAUAUUCAUGUGGCGGAGCCAAAUUAUGGAAAAUUGACUUCAAUACAUUUUCACGCAUGGAAAGCUGGAUUAAAAACUGGAAUGUAUUAUCUAAGAACAAAACCAGCAGCUAAUGCUAUUCAGUUUACUGUGGAUAAAGCUAAUGGUGAUGCCAAUGGCGUAGAAAAUCCAAUAGCAAAUAGAAACGGCGAUGCUAUUUCCGACAGAAAUAAAAGAAUGGCUGAUAUGGUAUGCUCACUCGAAAACAAGGAUGAGUGUCUAUCAUGUGGAUCUUAAUUAUAUUUUUAUACUUAUUUCAAAAUACACUUUUAUAGUGUCAAUUACUAUAAGAAAUAAUAGCAUGCUCACUCGAGAACAAGGAUGAACGUCUAUCAUGUGGGUCUUAAUUAUAUUUUUAUACUUAUUUAAAAAUACUUUCUUAUAGUAUCAAUUACACGUAUUUUAUAUUUAUUACCACUUAUACAUAUUUCAUAUUAUAUUAUUAAUUGUAUGUUUACUUUCAUGUUCCAUAUUUAAUUUCAUAUUUUAUAUUUAAUAUUACUUCUACUGUUAUUUUAAUGGAGUUUAUUUUGUAUUGAAUUAAAUAAAUGAAAA